UUCCGAUAAUGACCAAUAGUGACAAACUUCACUUUGCUCACAGCCUGUCAAAUGUGUAAUGGCAUCGACAGUGGUUAUUGACACGAUGUUACAAAAUAAUGGAUUUCAGAUGAAAAAGAAAGAAGACACAGAAAAUAAAGACAAUUUAUGGUCCUCUAUUUUAGCAGAAGUACAAAAUAGUGGGAACAAUAAAUUACCAUCGAACAAGAAUGUUCUCGUUUUAGGUGACAAUGAAAGUGGGAAGACUACCCUUAUCGCUAAACUUCAAGGAGUUGAAGAUCCUAAAAAGGGUUCAGGCCUAGAAUUUGCGUAUAUUGACGUUCGAGAUGAUUACAGAGAUGAUCAAACUCGACUAUCCGUGUGGGUUUUGGACGGAGAUCCCGGACACGCAAAUCUUUUGAGGUUUGCUUUAAAUGCAGAGCGAUUUCCAAAUACUCUUGUCAUAUUAGUUGCUGCCAUGACAACACCUUGGGCCAUUUUAGAUCAAUUACAGGCUUGGGCUGAAUUAUUAGGCGAUCAUGUUGAUAAACUAAAUUUGGAGAAUGACGUCUGGCAACAUUGUAGACAACAAAGUGUUAAAAACUGGCAGGAAUACACAGAACCAGGCGAUGAACUUGAUCCUGGAAGUCCACUGAGGCGCACAAGUCGAAAUUUAGACGACGAAAGUGCGGAUAAUUUACCUCUUACCGAAGGAGUACUCACAACUAAUUUGGGACUGGACAUUGUUGUUGUCAUUACAAAGACUGAUUACAUGUCUACGUUGGAGAAAGAACAUGACUUCAGGGACGAACAUUUUGAUUUUAUGCAACAGUGGAUUAGAAGAUUUUGUCUGCAAUACGGUGCUGGUUUAUUUUAUACAUCAGCGAAGGAAGACAAAAAUUGUGAUUUACUUUACAAAUAUCUUACGCACAGAAUCUACUCCUUACCAUUUAGAACGCCUGCAUUGGUCGUUGAAAAAGAUGCCGUGCUUAUACCUGCGGGUUGGGAUAACUUGAAGAAAAUCAGUAUUCUUCAUGAAAAUCUGCAGUCUAUGAAGCCGGAAGAUUAUUAUCGAAAUGUUAUCGUACAACCACCUACAAAUAGAAAAUGCGUAACGCGAGAGGUGGAAAUUCAAGCCGAAGAUGAACAAGUGUUUUUGGCGAAGCAACAAGCAGCUUUGUCUGGAAUGAAAGAUCCAACACGAUCGCCAACGACGAGGAACCAGGCAAGCAUAGGACCAAUCGUUCAGGUGGCUUCUCCCAAUAAAAAGUUGGAUUCGAAAGGAGCCGGAAAUACUCCAUCGGGUGAAGGAGUCUUAGCAAGUUUCUUUAAUUCUUUAUUAUAUAAGAAAACUGGCUCCUCACCCGGUCCACCACCAGGCUCUCCAGGAAACGCUGGUACCAGUCCCAUUAAAGUCGAUGGAAUUGGAGUGGACAAAACAGCAAUGCGAAACGAUGCAGCUGCAGAAUUGGAUCGCAUUACCAGAACCAAAAAAAUACCACCGGCCGAUUUAAAUUCAUCGUCUGAGUGUUGAACUAGCACAACUUAAUUUUUGUGUCACAGCUGUAUAUCGAAUCAUCUUCACGCGGAUUUCAAAUCCCGUGAAAAGUUGAGCAUAAUUUAAUAGUCUAACUAGACCGAAUUUAUCGUCGUGUCGCUCUUUAAAUUAUUAAUUGAGGGUCAGUGCAAAAAAGAUGAUCAACGUACCACGUCUCGACAAAAAAAGUUAGAAAGCCUAGGUUUUUUUUUUAAUUUUUUUUUUUAAUUCAAUUUUAUGAAAGGAUUUACAGAUUAGUGUGGUACUUAAAUCCAAAACAAAUUAUUUAUUUAUCGUUUUCAGUGUUAAACCGCAGUGGACAAUAAUAACUCCUUUUGUUGCACCACUUUACUAACUAUUUUUCAUUAUUUUACCGGCUCAUGAAAUAAAGCGAUAUUUUUUCAAACAAUUUUAUGAUUUUUAAAACUUAGAUUGCUCCUUACUAUUUCAUUCUAUUCACUCUCGUUCAUUUAUCAAAAUAUUGAGAUUAUUUAAAAUUAUUUAAACAUUUGAAUAUAGUCAGUUGUUAACAAAAUUCAAUUGUUCGAUCCUUAUAUUUAAUAAUUUAAUUAUUUAAAUAUUAAAUUAUUUAUACCUUUGAUAAUUACGAUCUCCGAUUGUUUAUAAUUGGAAUUUCGAUAAAAGACGACAAGAUGGUGAUUUUUUUCUUUUUUAAAAAAAUGUCUUCUUUACAUUGAAAGUGUACGCUGAUAAUAAUUUAUUUAGCAACGAAGAAAAUAUCCCCGAGAUUUUUGCAUUUGAUUUAUAUAGAAUAAUAUGAAUAUUUAUAUCGCUUGUUUUUGAUACAUUUGUUUUGCAAUAAGGUUGUGUUGUUAGCGUCGUGGCAUGAUUUUUCACUUACCGGCACGAACUAGUAUUAAAUGUAAACGAAAGUGGAGAAACAAAAAUAUAUAUAAAUGAAAAAUAUUAAGAAAAGUUUUUAAAGAAAAAUGUAACUCGCUGUAUAAUCUAUUUUAAUACAUGUUUUUGAUGAUAUGAUGAGAAAAAAAAAGAAGAACAAAACAUUGUUAUUGAGGAAUUAAAAUAACGAUGGAUUUGACGUAAAAAUAUUAUGCUAAUUCAUAUCUCUUGGCUGAAUUUUGUAACGAUAUAAAGUACAGUGCUUGGAGUUUGGUCUUUUAUAUAUCAUCUUAAACUUGGAGCAUUUUUUCUACAAUUGCAAUACAAAUAAAAUACGUCUUUGCUUUUUGUAAAGGAAAUGUUUUGCGAUGUUGCAAAUGCUUUGCAAUAUUGAUAGCAUUGAUUCUUGCGAUUAAUUAUUAGUAAUGCAAUUGAAGUGAUAUGAGGCUCAAUAUCAAACUUUACAUUAAUGCCUCUCACGUUCGUUUACUUCGACAAAAAAUCGGCUGUAUAUACAAAAUAGUAAAUAACAUUAUACAAUAAUUUCUUGAAUAAAGUCAUUUUUUUACAUAA